AUGUUAGCGUAUCCUGGUCAUAUAAUGCCUACGAAGCCGGGAUGUUCAUACUGGCUCUUAGCCGUAGGUUUUGCUCACGAAUGGGUUCACGACGAAGCACUACACAUUCUGAAACUAUACGUUAUGGCGGAAUCUUACUCAGAUAGUAAACUGAAGUUUAUUACUGAAAUUUUGUCAGAAUUUUCACCUGUAAAAUUUUACAAGAAAUAUGUGGAGUCUUACAAAUCAAGAAAAGAAGCAGAGGCGGAUUUGUUGUCUCAUUUGAAGGUGUUGAGUGGGGUAGGGAAGUCCAGAGAAGCUCGCAAAGCUGAAAAUUAUAUCGAGUGCUUUGAUGAACUAAUAAACAGCGGGGCAUGUAAUCGAUAUUGGAGUGAUAAGGAUAAUUGGGAUGUACAAAUGGCUAAAAAACGGGUAGAGACACGAAAAACUAUUCAUGAAUGUCAUAUUGAAUGCAAUGUGUAUCAAGAACACGAUGCUGUCAGCACGAGGAUUGCAAAGUCAACAGUAUACGAGUCUGAAAGGGUACAACCUCAUCAUGCUCAUACAGAGCAGGUAGGGGAAAAACGAAAAGAUUUCACAGACAAAAAUGAUACAAACGCAUUGUCUCCCACGAAAAAGAGAACUGAGAAAAGACCAACAUAUACUGAACCAAUAACUGAUGACGAAGAAUUUGAGCAAGAAGCUAUGUUGUUCUUUGAACCCUCCGAAAUAUCAAAAAUCCAAGAGAUGGACGUGGAAACGACCGAAAGAACUAACGGUUGGGAAGUUAAACUAUUGAAAUGGCAACAGCAUAUCCUUAAACAAUUAAUUUACGGAAUUCAGUACCCGUCAAAGCAAAAUAUCUGUAAUAUACUUUGUGCCUCGUCGAUCUUUUAUUUUCAACAAAACAAUGAGCAGGCAUAUACUGGUUUUCUAACAACAGAUGAAAUCGCUGAUAUUCGGUCACGUGUCUGCUCAAAAUUCGAAAUAAUAGAAAUUCCAAAUGGAGUUAAGGAUCUGGAAGAAAUUGAAAAGUUUCUUAAACAAGAUGUUGGGAAUCAAGUUGGUACAAAGUUAUUAAGCAGGACGUUUUUUAGACUGUUGGAAGAAUGUGUGUUAUGGAAUUCCUUAGUAGAUAUGGACCAAUUAACAGAAGGAACAUUCAUGGUGGAUUAUAUUGCGCCACUCUUUAAUAGGACGAUUCAUUAUUUUAAUUACCAAACUACGCAUUCAUGGAUAGAUAUAAGGUCUUAUGCAUCUAAAUUGCGCCGAGGUCGUGGUCGAGUACCCGAUUACAAGCUAAAUAAUAUAAGUGGAACUCGUACGGCUGUAUUUGGUGAAGUGACCAGUCCGAAACGUCAAAAUGAUCCACAUAAAGCUUUCUGGGACAUCUAUCGUGGUGCCACACAUGCGAAAGAUGACAUUGAUUAUAAUAUCAACCAACAAGAAAUGGAGUUAUUACCACAUGAAGCAAAACGAAUAGUCAUUUUUAUCAAUGGCUAUAAAAUGUCAGUGUGUGUUAUGGAAUUGCAUUCUCCUGGAAUAUAUCUACUGGUUGAAGUGUUCUCGUGUAAUAUUCCAAAAAAUGUUAGAGAUCUGGAACAGAUUAUGAUCCUUUAUCAAAUUUUAAUGAGCAUCCGGCAUAAUGCUGUGGAUAUAUUUGGCGAGAAAUUUUGCACAACACCACUUCCAACGAAAACGAAUUAUAAAGAAUGGAUACGCCCAACUAUUAGUCCCCAAUAA